UAUGUUAAUAUAUACCUCUAUGGUUUGUGAAUAUUAUAUUAAUUGCAGACAUAAACUGCAUAUUAUAUCAAUUGCAGACAUAAACAUUGCAGAAAUAAACUGUCAUCAAUCCAUACGUAAGCGAUCUGCGCAUACUGUAAUGGCGGCCAUAAUUUGAAAUUGAUGUGAAAAUUACACAUUUUUAAAUGAGAUAAAUACAAAAAUUAAAGCCGAGCGCAGUUAAUUGUUAAUUUUAAAAUGAUAAGAAGGUAAGGCAGAUACCAUAUAUACAGUUGUCAGACAUGUGGGAGCGGUGAGUCAACACUAAAUAAUUACCCAAUAGACAAACUAUACAUGAUAUUACAAAUGAUUCUGAAGACUUGAAGAAAUGUUCCAUAAAAACUGAACUAGAACAACAUAAAAAUGAACUUAAGCCAUUUGAAGAAACUCAAAAAAUUGAAGGUUUAUAUUUCCACGACGAAAACAAAAUGGAAAUCAUGAAGAAACUCAUUGAAGAUUCAACUUACAAAGGAAAUGAUACGAGUCAACACACUGCAGGAAAAACUUUAAAUAAGAAUACAAAAGUUGUGACUGAAAAACGACGUUAUAAAUGUGAACUUUGUUUUAAGCAAUUUACUACAAUAAGUAAUUUGAAAAGACACAAUAGAGUUCACACUGGAAAAAAACCGCACAAGUGUGAAAUUUGUUUUAAGCAAUUUAGUGAAGCAGGGAAUUUGAAAAAUCAUUUGAGAGUGCACACUGGAGAAAAACCUCAUAAGUGUGAAAUUUGUUUUAAACAGUUUACUACAACAAGUGAUUUGAAAAGACACAAUAGAGUGCACACUGGAGAAAAACCUUAUAAGUGUGAAAUUUGUUUAAAGCAAUUUACUACAGCAAGUGAUUUGAAAAACCACAAUAGAGUGCACACUGGAGAAAAGCCGUACAAGUGUGAAAUUUGUUUUAAACAAUUUAGUGAAGCAGGGACUUUAAAAAAUCAUUUGAGAGUGCACACUGGAGAAAAACCUCAUAAGUGUAAAAUUUGUUUUAAACAGUUUACUACAACAAGUGAUUUGAAAAGACACAAAAGAGUGCACACUGGAGAAAAACCUCACAAGUGUGAAAUUUGUUUUAAGCAAUUUAUUCAAAGCAGUUAUUUGAAAAGACACAAUAGAGUGCACACUGGAGAAAAACCGAACAAGUGUGAAAUUUGUUUUAAACAAUUUAGUGAAGCAGGGACUUUGAAAAAACAUUUGAGAGUGCACACAGAAGAGAAAUCGUAAAAGUGUCAAAUUUGUUUUAAGGUACUAGUACACUUUAGAAGACCAAAAAUAAGCAUUUUUUUCAAGAAUUUUUUUUCUCAGAACCUUUAUUAAAAAUGAACAUAAAACUUUUUACAUGUUAAUACCUAACU